AUGGUUGAGCCGAGGCUGAGAGCCAUGGCGAGGGAGCAUCCUUUCGACACUUCAGCUCAUUGUCACACUCGACAGGCUACAGAAGGACCAUGUGAGAACUCGCCGACUUCGAGGCAGUGCUGGGGCCAGCACUCGAUCAACACGGACUGGUAUGAGGUUGUGCCGGAGACUGGAGCAACGAGGGAGUACUGGCUCAAUGCUGAGCUGAUCAAGCUGGCCCCAGACGGCUACGAGGUUGCGGUGCUUGCCUUGAACGGAAGCAUGCCGGGUCCGCUGAUUGAGGCCGACUGGGGCGACGAAGUGGUCGUCCACGUCACCAACAACAUCGAGACAAACGGGACCGCCAUCCACUGGCACGGCAUCCAUCAGCGCAACACAAACGCGCACGACGGCGUGCCGGGCGUGACGCAGUGCCCGACAGCGCCGGGCAAAACGACCACCUACCGCUUCAGGGCCACGCAGUACGGCACCUCGUGGUACCACUCGCACUUCAGCCUCCAGCUCGCCAUGGUGCUCGGGCCCCUCGUCAUCCACGGCCCGGCCACGGCAAACUACGACGUCGACCUCGGGCCCCUCGUCCUCAUGGACUGGUUCCACGGCUCCGUCUUCCACAUCUGGGAGACGACCCAGCGCGUCGUCGCCCUCCACCAGCCCAACCAGUGUGCUCGCUCGACUGACCCCAGGUGUAAGGGCACCGGCGAGCGCUUCGAGUUCGACCAGCCCUUUGAGCCCGGCAAAAAAUACCUGAUCCGCCUGAUCGGCUCGCAGACCGACGGCUACUUCAAGCCUGCCAUUGACGGCCACAAGCUCCCCGGACAGCGCUACGACGUCAUUGUCGAGGCCAAGCCCACGACCGCCAACUCCAGAGGCCGCUACUGGAUGCGGGCAAUCUACCAGACGGCUUGCAACUUCAACGACAACGACAGCAAGGGCAACAUCCUGGGCAUCGUCCGGUACGCCGGCGCGGACACGAGCCCUGCCGCCGUCCCCACGACGGCCAAGGCCCGCACCAUUACCAACUCGUGCGAGGACGAGCCCUAUGAGAGCCUGACGCCCUGGCUCCAGCACGACGUCGGCCCGGCCAAGGUGAGCGACAGGCUGCGCGUCGCGUGGUACUACGAGCUCGACCUCGUGUACCACUGGACCAUCAACACCAAGACGCUCAUCGUCAACUGGUCCGACCCGACCGUGCUCGACGUGCACCGCGCAGGUGCGGGCCAGCAGCAGCCGCCGCUGCCGUUGAAAUUCCCUCGGAACUCGAACGUCUGGGUCAUUGAGGACCGCACGCUCGUCAACGUGUGGUACCCAAUGCACCUCCACGGGCAUGACUUUUAUGUGCUCGCGCAGGGGCGCGGCCCCUUCGUGCCGGGGCUCGUGAGGCUCAACACCAAGAACCCGCCCAGGAGGGACACCGUGAGUCUGUAUGGCACGGGGUACACGGUCAUUACGUUCAAGACGGAUAAUCCGGGAGCCUGGCUCAUGCACUGCCAUAUCGCCUGGCACGCCAGCCAGGGCUUGUCGUUGCAGCUCCUCGCGCGUGCUGGAGAGCUCUCGCAGCAGAUUGGCGGCGACGCGGUGCAGCUCGCUGCCAUGGACGAUACCUGCGCGGACUGGAAGGCGUGGUAUCCAACGUCGCCUUACCAUCAGGACAACUCUGGUAUCUAGCAUGGAGAGGGGGACUUUAGCUCAACAAUCUACAUUUUUAGCCAACGGUGCCUUUUUCUACACAGUGUAGCCAGAAUUUCGGACCAUUGCCAUGAGUUCAUUAUCUCAUCGAAGCGUAAUGCCCUUUGCAAG